AUGGGUUCGGUGAUCUCUGGCCGUGCUGGUGCUGGUGCUGCUGCUGGUGCUGGUGCUGGUGCUGGUGCUGGUGCUGCUGCUGCUGGUGCUGCUCCUGAUGAUGAUGGUCGCGCUGCUCCACCGCUACUGCCUGUCCGUGACAGCGCCGCCGGUGGUGCUCUUCAGGUCAAGGAUGCUGCAAGUUGCCAUCGUGGGGUGCACGUGCCGGACGUAGAGAGCGAUGUGGAUGCUAAUGUGGCGAGCGGCGGCGAUGACGGCAAUGCUUCGGAUGCUGCGGCGGCGGACGUUGUGGCCCGGCCUGUCGCCGACGCAGCAACUCCUGCUGCGCGCCCCAGGGCGUGGAUUCUGGUUGUGGGCGGUGGCGAGGAGGGCGGACGGCAAGGCGGCGGUGGCGAGGGCUCGGACGCGCUGUCAGAGUUUGAGCACCUUUUGCAGUAUGUGUAUCCGCGCGGUGGGGCGAUGAGCGAGUCGCUGGAGAAGAUGCAAGGCCUGUUUGUGGCGUGCGUCGACAUGAUGCGGUCGCUGCUCAACGACGAGACGAGCUGUGUGGAGAUGAGCUUUGACAACGUGGGCUACACGCUCUGCUUUGGCGCGCCUGGGGCGCUGAGCGAGACUCGGCUUGUUGCGGUGGGCGAUACGCAGGCGCUCGGGCCGGCAGCAGCAGUCCUGACCGGGUGGCUGGACCAGGUCUCUGCCUGCGUCGAGAGUACCUUUGGCUCGCUGGCGGCAGCGGUGCGCAGCGCCGAGACCGAGCAGCUCGACGCGUUCUUUGGCGGGGCGGUGAAGGCGGCGUUUGGCGGAGGCGAGGCAGUGCCAGCGGCGGUUCUUGCUGCGGGCGCCGGGUGGCAUGCACGGACUGCGCUCUCGCCAGACGUGACAGCGAUUGUCUCGCAGACGCUGACUGCGCUCGAGGCAGCACCGCGCGAGGUUGCGGCGGUGCUUGCUGGAUCGCUGUUCUGCGACGGGCGUGUGGUGGUCACCCACCUCGAGCCGCGGCUGGCGCAGGUGGUGGACACGCUCGUCGGCAUUCUCGGCUUGGCCUCACUUGGCGAGCAUGGCGCGCUGCAGCAAGAUCUCGUCGAGCCGCACGGCACACUGAUCGUUGUCCGCUCUGGGCGGCUGGCGGUGGCGCUGGUCGGGCGGACCGCGUCGGGCCCGCUGCCGGACGCCGAAGCUGCCGCCGUCGUUGCCGAGAUGGCGGAUGCACUCGACGCGCUCGUGGCUCCGGGCUCGUUUCCAGGCAACGCCGGUCAGCUUUCGGUAGCAGACCGGCUUGUGGGCGAGCUGGCCGGGAACCUCGGACCCGCGGGGAGUGCGAGCGUGCUCGACUCGCUGCGGGUGGAGCGAAAGGCCGGCAAGUAUGACCGAUUUCGCAAAAAGGGUCCGUCGCCGGCAGCAACAUACGCAGCAAGCGGUAACGGGACGUACUUUGUGCGGGCAGUGACGUACGGGCAAGUCCGCGGCUCAGUGAUUGCCACGCCGCCGGCUGCUCGGACCGGCAGCGACGACGCCGCCGCCCUCGGCGCAGUGCUCGACACCCACCUUGCGACCGUUGACGCUGCGCUCUCGGCCGCCUUUGCACAAGUUCAGACCAAGAUUGUCGCAGCCCGCGAUGCCGCGCCGCCACCGGCCGGCCUCGAGCACCAGCCUGCGUACAAGGUCCACGCCCCGAGCGAGGUCCGCAUCUUGCUGCAGAUCCCGACCGCCGGCACCCCGUCGCUCCGAUCGGAUCUCUGGGUCGCCGGGCGGAGCGUAGGCCCCGACGUCGUGAUUGUCGCCUAUCCGGACGGCACGCCGGCGCCGCUCAUUGAGCACGCGUUCAUGGCACGGGCGCUCUAACCCCGUCCGCCCUCCUCCGCUCUGCGCUGACGCGCUUUAAAAACCGUCCGCCGACCG